UUUGGCAUUACUUUACAAUUUUCGAAAUAUAUCAACCACUGCGGCCUGGCAAGUGGUACCGUGAUUUGCAAGAAUUUUGAGCCACGAAUACUCAGGAACAUUCCAGUGACUAGUUUGGCCAGUAUAUAAACCGGCCGCCGCUUCGUUGCACUUGUAUAAACAAGCGAACGAGCAACUACGACGCAGUAGUCGGGAGUCCAAAAUUUAGUUUCGACAAACAACAAAUUCGUUGCAAGAAAUCAAACAAAGAACUUAAACGAGAAUUAUUUAACGAAGGAAAUAUUGUGAAAAUGCCGGAGAAGUUGCUAAAAAUCACCUACCAGGGCGCAGGGCCCCAGAAGAAGCUGAAUGCAUACUUGCGUAUGCCAUCGCAGAAUUACACCAUUCUGCGUCGCGAAAUCGACCUGUAUCUGUUUCAGGAACGGCAGUUGCCAAAAUGCGAGAUCAGGACCUUUUGGAUUGAUUCUGAUAAUGAUGAAAUUGAGAUUGUCAACCAGAAUGACUAUGAAAUUUUCCUGGCUAAAUGCGAGCACAACAUGCAUGUCCAGAUCGCUCCCUUGGUGCCCGUCCAGGAGGAGCAGCAGCAAGCGAAGCAGGCUUCCAAACAAGAGGCUUCUGCUCCGUCGGCCGAGGAUCCAAGCAACUUUAUCAUCCAUGACCACGUCGAGUGCGACGGCUGUGGUUUGGCCCCGAUAGUGGGCUUCCGCUACAAGUGCGUCCAGUGCAGUAACUUUGAUCUUUGCCAGAAGUGCGAGGCAGCUCAUAAGCAUCCCGAGCACUUGAUGGUCCGCAUGCCUACCAAUGAUGGACCUAGUGUAGUGGAGGCCUGGCUGACUGGACCGAAUCCUUGGGGACGUCGCUGUGGACGACGAUCCAGGGGUCACUGCCCGUUUGGUGCAACUCAGGCGGCUGGCGGUGACUCUGCUCCGGCUGCAGAUUCUCCCCGUGAAAGCCGACGCGAGCGCCGUCAUGCCCGUCGUCACGGGGGCGUCUUGUCCCAGUUUGUUGAGAUGAUGACCAACUUGCCGCUUAACGAACCUACGGCCACACCAUCGGCUGAGCCGCAGCAGCCCAAGGCAGCAGAUGCUCCAAAAGCGGAGCCGACUGUGACCGCACAAAAAGCAGCAGAGACCGAAGCCCAGACUAAUGAAAAAAAGAAAACUUCUGAGGCACCAACCGAGCAGCCUUCGACCACUCCAACCCAGGGAAGCACUCCCACUACUCCAGUGAUCAACUUGGAAAACCUGUCCCAGAUGGUGCCACCCGAAUACAUGCGUGCUGGCAUUGAGAUCCUGAACAAUUUCAGCGAAAUGUUCGCCAAAAUGAUCGAUCCUACUGAGUCGUCCGCUCCUUCUAUGGCGUCUAGUACUGAGGCAAAACCAGCAGAGAAGGAUCAAUCAGGCAGCCAGUCGACAGCAUCUUCUGCCAACCAAUCCAAAGCUCCUUCUGUAAACCCAUCAGGGGCUCCCUCUGUUGCUGAAUCCUUCUCAGAGGCAGCUUCCCUUGAAACCGAGCCAUUGCUUUCCAAGACAACAGAUGGAACUGCAGUGGCAGGAACUUCGCUGGCCAGCGAACCAGAGCCAGAGAGUCGUCGUUCGGAGAGCUUGGACCAGGACUGGCAGGUCAUCGAUAACGCGUACUCUGCUAACAAUACCAAUAGCGCCAACACUGAUGCCCUGAUCAAUCUGGAACAGCCGAUCAAUCCCCCAACUGCUGCUCCGCAGCAGCCGAUACGCGACUUUGGCCAACUGGGCGAACUAUUGCGCCAGCACAUGAAUGAGGAGGCUCGCAUUGCACAGACAACAGCCAACACUCAGACCGCUCAGGUGGAUACGGUUAGUACUUCCACCUCGACUACAUCUGUGUCCACCAACAGUGUCGGCACCUCUCCAGCAGCUCCUGAAGAGAAGCGUAGCAUGCCUGUCUAUCACACAGAUGAACGCAUAAACUCUGCCAUCCAUGCCAUGAUGGCCAUGGGUUUCAGCAACGAGGGCGCCUGGCUCACCCAGCUGCUUGAGUCGGUCCAGGGCAAUAUACCAGCCGCUCUGGACAUCAUGCACGUCUCGCAGAACCGCAAUUAAAGAUGAGAUUUCAAUAAACAUAUAUAUAUCAAAUAUGUAUCUUUAAUAUUCCUAAGGUCACCCUAUGAAAUACGGGAGUUUAUUUUAUGUAGUUGUAGUUUAUAUUCCGUGGUGAUUGUAUAAUCCCGUAUGUAUGUAUUUUACGUUGUUAAUAAUCAAAGGAAAACCAUAUGUAUGCAAUAUAUAAUCGAUGUGAAAAACCAAUAAAGGCACAAAGUCAAAAGUUGAA